AUGUGGUUAACCUGGGACUCUGAUUGUCCAGCGAAGCCAUCGGAUGUCGAUGCUCCCCCCGGGAAGGUAAGAGCAAUCGCGAACGACUGGCCCGCACGCGACGAAAACGAUGAGCCAACGGUCGACUCGAGGCGGACGCUCCGACGGGGAGCCGGGUCUGUGCCCGCGGCGACUGGUUCUAGAAGGGACAAAUCCGGUUGCGGGAGGCGGCAGUCGAGGAGCCAAGAGCCACGAGCCACGAGCGCGGAACACUCGGGGGGCUGCGAUCUGUGCUGUCGCGAUGCUGUGUCAGGCAUCGAGUGGCGACCCACUCCCAACCGCUGGGUGUGGUGGAGACGGGCAGGGGUAGACGUUGGUGAUGUGGCAACCCAACUCCAAGCUGGCAGCUGCGAGCUAAGGGGGGCUAGGGCCUGGGGAGGUUCCCUUUUGCGGAAGCCUGGCGGAGCCACAGCGCGUGUGACAGCUGCCAUUGAGCCAGUUCGGGGAGCCGCCAAGCAUGCGGCCGGGGGCCUGGUCUCAAUGCCGGACGGGCACGCAGGCACGUCGGGGGCAGAGAAACUCAAUGGGGCCUGCCUGGGGGGAUCGGUUGAUGCGCCCGUGGCCACCCCGUCGUCGGCGUGCCCUCGUCUCGUUGGCCGGGACCACAAAGGCCCGACGGCGAGGCCAGCCGCCCGCUGCGGCUAUGCUGCGCUAGAUCGGCCGGGCGGCUGCGCGGUUUUCUCUGCCAUUGGUGUCUGGCGAGCGUCAUGCCAUUGAGCCGUAAUCUGAGCGGUUGCGGAAAACUACGGGAGGAUGGAGCGUGGUGUCGUGUGAUUGCUUAGGGCAGUGAGGUCGG